UCCAUACCAGUCAUCGAAAAAGUUUCCGUAUCACAUUAAGAAUUGCUGAACCUGAAAGAUCAAAGUGUUCCACUGAAUAGUCCAACGAGAUGCCUUUCGAUGUCCCGAUUCAGCUUGAUGAGACCCGUCACAGCCCGCUACGUCUAUGAUCCCCCCUAUUCGACCUAGGUCGGUAGUAUAUCAAGACGAUACAGAGAACAUCGAAAGAAAUUGUGGUUCACACGUCAGCCUAAUGAACUAGUUUUGCGUGCUCAAGGAGACUAAAUAUCAAGCUUCAUGUUGCGAGAUGAAUCGCUCAUCGUGACCUUCAAUUACAUAUUGACUAAUGCUGGUUUGGCGUCUACCUGCUCAUUCGAUUCGUCUGCAGGGCUGCGAUCUUCGGGAACUAGUUUGAGUCAAUCAAGCAGUCAAGCCUCAUUCAAGUUCCAUCCUUCCUCGUUUCAACCUAAGCACCGCAAAAUUCAACGAAAAUGAAGGUAUCUACCCUCGCAAUCCUCGGCGCCCUUGCGCUAGGCGUAUCUGCCACGCCUGUCAGCCAGAAUGAAGCGAGAGCAGGAUCCAAGUCAUUCAUGGGCUCAAAUUUGUACUUCCUCCCUGGAAUGUCCGACCAAGGUCAGGACGCGUACAUUGCGGACCUUGCCAACUAUGGAGCAAAGGUUGUGCGCGUGUGGGUGAAUCAGCAGUCUAGCGGAAGUUGUGAGAAGGGCAGCAAGCUCGCCGUUAGUGUUCCGCAGCUAGAGACCACGAUCGGCAAAUACAACAACCAGACCCUCGACGCUGUCGACAAGGUCGUCAGCAAGCUAGCCAAGAAGGGCAUCAAGGCUAUCAUCUCUCCCCACGAUGGAAAUUCGCUUAUCGGAGACUAUAGGAAGGACAUCUACUACAGUAAAUGGGGCAAGGACAACUUUUACACCUCGCAGGACGCCUUCGACGCGUACGACAAACGCAUCGACUACAUCCUGAACUACAAGGGAGCCACGUCGGGCCAGGUGUGGAAGGACUGGAGCGACGCCAUCAUGGCCUUCGACAUCCAGAACGAGCCCAUGUCGGCGGACACCUCGGUGUGCAAGAACAACGACCAGAAGGGCUGGCUCUGCGGGCGGGCCAAGAAGUUCCGCAGCGUGCUGGGCGCCGGCAACAAGAUCCAGAUCGCGACGGGCGGCGUCGGCGGCGACAUCUCGCACGACUGCAACUUCAUCAAGGCGGCCACGUCGUGCGCCGAGAUCGACCUCAUCGCCGUGCACCGCUACGGCGGCAGCGAGUCCGGCAACCCGAACCAGUGGUCCAACGGCGCGAAGCAGUGGGUCUCCGAGUCCGGCGGCAAGCUCGUCUUCGUCGAGGAAUGGGGCGUCAACACCGCUUCCACCAACCCCAAGACCGAGCUCCCCGCCCAGGCCAACGACAUCAACAAGGUCGGUAUCCCUAACCUGUACUGGCAGUUCCUGCCCAAGGCGACCUGCAGCUACGACCCUGCCAAGGACAGCGGCGACCAAUUUGGCAUUUACGUCGAGGGCGACACUGAUAUUGCUGCUGUUAUGAAGGGCGCGUCCAACGCCAAUGCUCUCCAGGACUGGUCCAAGGUUAUGGGUUAGAUUUGACGUUUGAUUGUCUAAAUUCUGUUAAAAUGGGUUGCUCGGAUCUUUAACUUAUUCGUCUCUGGAAACACAUGGGUUUUGAGGGGGUCCAUGAUGGGCUAUAUAUGUACAUAUAUCAUUUUUCAUUAUUUCGAAGUCUCUCGUUAAUAUAAUUACGUCUACC